UGAUGGUUGACAGCGUAGUGUUGCGUGUGUGGUAUGUGUAAUACUGAAUAACUGUGUGGGUAAUCGUUGUGCUGCAGUAUCAACACAGCAAGGCCAUGAUGACUAAUCUUCAAAGGCCAGAUUAAUCAUAUAUCUUGUUGCCCCUGGAACUACUGUAAAUAUUGACACCUAUUUUCAGGAAACACAUUAGUCUGGCCUCUCCAGAUAUCCCUCUGAUGUACUUGCCACUACUGUUCAGUUAGCUGCGUAAUUGAGGUGCAUGGAAGGUGAAAUAAAAAUUGAUUGGAAUCACAACGAAGAGGGAACAUGCCACAGGAUGCUGCGCAAAGCCAAAUGGGUAAACCCCCUAAAAGCAAGAGAAUAACAAUUCCACGGGUCCAGAGCAACACAGAUAAUGAAAACCACCCAGCUCUUUUUCCUAGCUGGCGCUCAGAUCUUGACUCUGAAGUGCCUGUACCACCCACAUUUAGAUCAAGACUGCAUGAUCUGUUCAACCAGAUAGAGAAAGAAUUUGAAGCACUUUACACAGAGAAUUUAAAUUUGCAAGAAAAGAUUGACAGCCUAAAUGAACGACUAGAGAGGGAAUCCUGUAUUGGUGACAAGCAGAGCUGUGAUUUUCCUGAUUUUGACAAUGCAUAUUCAAAAAGUCUUUCGAAACAGAAAUCGGUGACUGGUUCAUCACAGAAACUGAAAACAGCUCACAAACUGAAAGCACAGACAAGCAAGAUUGUAUCUAGUUUCAAAGGUCCAACUGUCAGUUGUUCCUUAGUCCGUGAAUUCUCGGGCCAUAAGGAUGGCAUCUGGGAUGUGGCAACAGCACGCCCUGGUCAGCCGCUCAUUGGCACAGCUUCUGCAGAUCAUACAGCAUGCAUUUGGAGUGUGGAAACAGGUCGUUGCUUGCUGCAGUAUCAAGGUCACCAGGGUUCUGUGAACUCUAUACGUUUCCAUCCGAAUAAAGAUGUUGUCCUGACAGCGAGUGGAGAUUGUACAGCUCAUGUGUGGCAGGCAGCAGUCACCUGGGAUCAACCAGUGAAAGGUCAGUCAUCUGAUGAAGAUCCAGACUCAUGUGAGAAGGAUGAUUUUGGUUGUGAAGACACCAGCAGUGGAGCACCUUGCCUCCGUACACCCGUUUGUGAAUUGACAGGACAUGCUGGAGUGGUUGUUGCUGCUGAUUGGUUACCUGGUGGUGAACAGGUGAUAACUGCUUCAUGGGACCGCACCGCCAACUUGUAUGAUGUUGAAACGGGUGAAUUGUUGCAGUCUCUUGGAGGUCAUGACCAAGAGUUAACACAUACUUCAUCACAUCACUCCAAUCGUCUUGUUGUCACAUCAUCAAGGGACACAACAUUUCGACUGUGGGAUUUCAGAGAACCAAUUCAUUCAGUCUCUGUUUUUCAAGGACACACAGAGACUGUUACUUCUGCAGUAUUUACACGUGAGGACAAAGUUGUUUCUGGUUCAGAUGACAGGAGUGUAAAAGUAUGGGACUUAAGAAAUAUGCGAUCACCCCUUGCAACUGUACGUGCUGAUUCUGCUGUAAAUCGUUUGGCAGUAUCUGCUGGAGGUGUUGUUGCAAUACCACAUGACAACCGACAAGUACGUUUAUUCGACUUGAAUGGUCAGCGAGUUGCUAGGUUACCACGCACGAGUCACAAGGGACAUAGACGGAUGGUAUGCUCUGUAGCAUGGGCUGAUGAAAACACAAGUGUGCCAUGCAAUUUCUUUUCAUGUGGAUUUGAUCGACUGAUACUUGGCUGGUCUGUCCAGUUGAGCAAAGAUUUGUAGAUUUUGCAGUGGCAAAUUGCUGUGGUCAUUGACCAUUUUAAAGUGUGU